ACCGACAACACUAUUCUCCAUCACAACAUGUGAAUGGAGAUAGGUUUGAAAGAAAAAAAUGUUUCAUCUAAAGUUGAUUAAAUUGUAGGUACGAUACAUAGGCUAUAUAAAUAAAUACCUACUAAUUUUUGUCUAUGUUAAAUUUAAUUUGUAACGCUAGGAAUAUGUACUAUAAUAAUUUGUAAAAAACGAUUAAGAUUUGUUAUGAUCAACCCUUGAAUGUUGUCAAUUUGUGGAGUACCUAUAUUUUUUACUACAAAAUGACGGAAUACUGGAAGUCACAGUCUCGUAAAUUUUGCGAAUUCUGCAAGUGUUGGUUUGCUGAUAACAAAGUUUCAAUAUCCUUUCAUGAAAAUGGCAAAAGGCACAAAGAAAGUGUUCAGAAACACAUAUCUCAACUUAGCAAAAAAAGUGCUAAAGAGUUCAAACAAAAGGAGAAAAUGGAUGACGACAUUAAGAAAAUGGAAGCAGCAGCAAUGGCAGCUUACUUGAAAGAUGUUCAGAAUAAUGCUGAUCUGACAUCACAGAGUAUAAACGAUAUGCUCGUGAAAAAUGGUGACAAUAAAAACGAAUUAACAACAGCAUCAAGUAGUACAGCCCCAAGUAGAGCUCCCGUCUGGCACGAAGUGAAAGGGGAUGACGGCAACUCAUAUUACUGGAACACAGUAACUAAUGAAACUACAUGGGAUACCCCCGAUGAGUACCUGUCUAUUGCGCAGCAGGAAGAGAAGAAACUGAAAAAAGAAAAAGCAAAAGAAAAAGCCAAAAAACAGAAAAACAAAGAGAAAAUGAAAGAAGUAAACGCUCACAUGGCGCGGGAGAAAAUGAAGGAGCUCGCGGCCAAGCCGGAGCCCCGGGCUCCGCCGGAGCUGGGGCCCGCGCUCCCACACAAGCCCUAUGGCUCUUGGACUGCCGUCACUAUAGAGCCCGUAGAGAGCAUAGACCUCCAACUACCAAAGCUGGAGAAGGAAAAACCCCCGCCCGUGGUGCUGCAGCCGGAGACUGUCCAGUUCAAAGAGAAACGAGUGGAGUCGCUGGGCGACGGGCCCGUCGAGUUCAAGAAACGCAAGUUUGCCAAUCCCAAACGGAAUAUGCGCCAGAAAUUGGACGAUGAAUAAAAUGUUUGAUAUA